GAAAGACUGCUUAAUCCUACACGUAUUCUCGUUAUUGUCUUCUUCUAGCCGUAAUUUCCAAAAGUUUUUUGAUAGAUAAUUUCCAAAUUUUGAUUUUAAAAAAAAAUAGAAAUUUGUGAAAAAAAAGAAAUCACAGCGUCGUAUUGUCGGUCAUUUUCUCCGAUGGAAUCCCAAAGCUCCAACGAAGAGGAUCAGUUCUUCGACGCAUUUGACGACUUCCCCUUUUACGAUUGCCUUACCUUUGACCAAUCAGAUCCUUCCACGUCUCACUUACCGUCUACUCUCCGCCGGCGAGCCUUAUCUCGCCGGGGAAUCUCCUCCAAGGAAUCCGGAGGAGAGUCCCUUCCAGAAACUUCCACUCUCGAAGACCACUCCAGAACCAGUUCUAGAGAGCCAAGGUACAAUCUCUUCCGCGAUUUGAAGCCAAGCGACAGCACUUUGGUGGUAACCGAGUCGCCUCGAGAUGGAGUUAACCCGAUCCGUGUCUCAGAAGAGAACGCCGGCGUUGAAUCCACUGUCACCACCGCAGAAAAUGAUGAAUCACUUGACCAAGCCCGUUACUCCGCAGACUCGAGCGCCGAACUCAGUGAGUCGCUACAUUCCUCUUCGAGUUUGCUACUGUUUAUAGCUGGUUUAGUGAUAAAGGCAAUUGGGUUUCAGUUAAAUUUGCUGAUUAGCUCCAUUACCUUACCUCUGUCAGGUAUAAGUAGCUUCUACAUGUUUGUUAUUGAUCCUUUUCAAGCUUUGAGUCAUGGUAGAGCUUAUGUAAUCACAAAGUUGUCAAAUUUAUGGAAUUCAAUUUGUGGGUAUUUCAGUCCUAUGAUGAAUGAUUGCUUGAACUACCAUAAAUCUAUAUGGAACCUCUUGUUCCGAUUCGGCUGGGGAACGUUCUGGGCUACAUAUGUAGGCUGUGCUUUAUGUGGGUUAUUGUUUACUUCACUUGCUACUAGUGGGAUUUUGAUGAGGUAUUUGGUGGAUGAACCAUUGGAGAUAAAGGAAAUGUUGAACUUUGAUUAUAGUAAGAGUAGUCCGGUUGCAUAUGUUCCGAUUGUGUCUUGUGCCGCCAUUGGUUGUGGUGCAAAAUGUAUGGAGAAGAUAAAUGUUGGGAAUAAUGUGGGUUCUCGAGUCAUACCGAUGGAUCACAAAUUGAAGGUUACUGUGUCUUUGACAUUGCCGGAGUCAGAGUACAACAGAUAUCUUGGGAUGUUCCAGGUCAGGGUAGAUUUCUUGUCUGUUAAUGGUGAAACUCUUGCCAGCUCAAGCCGUCAUUGCAUGUUGAAAUUCAGAAGUGAGCCUAUCCGGUUUCUACUGACAGUCUUCAAGAUUGUUCCUCUAAUCACCGGCUACAGUUCAGAAACCCAGAUUUUGAAUCUGAAGAUUAGAGGUUUGCACGAAGGAACCGUGCCUACUGCUUGCUUAAGGGUAGUACUUGAACAACGAGCGGAGUUCAGAUCAGGUGCUGGUAUUCCUGAACUAUACGAUGCAUCCCUCAUCCUUGACUCAGAACUUCCUUUUUUCAAAAGAAUGAUAUGGUAUUGGAGGAGAACUAUUUUUAUAUGGCUCAGUAUGACAUUGUUUACCACGGAGGUACUGUUUACUUUAGUUUGUUGUAGACCUUUACUCAUUCCAAGAACACGAAUGAGAGAUGGUUCUACCAGGAACAUGUCUACACAAAAUAGUCGACAUCCACAGAUUUGAAGUGUUCUGGAGUUUAAGGAAUCACGUGCUUGUUGAAGAAGAAGAGGUUUCCUCAAUUUGAGCAAUCUUUCCAAGGGGAUGCAUACCAUGAAGUAUGCAUAUGGAACAUGCAUGAUACAUGUGAUCUCAACCAAUCCUUUUAAUUUAAUUUUUAAUCUUUCAAAGGCUUGAAGGUUUUUUUUUCUUCACAUCACAUUAUAUAAGAAAGUUACUUUGCAUUCUUACUUUUCCGAGUUCACAUAAUUUUGAUGAUUUAAUAAAGAACCAUUUUGAUGGUUUGGAUAAGAAGAUAAGUUUCAAGUGUCUACAUGGAAGAAAUUUCCAAAUUAAUUCAAGCAAAUCAUGGCACUGGGAAUUUAAAUCAACUGUUUUCGGGACUUGGAAUUUAAUGGGGAAAGAACAAAGGAUCAAUGCAAAACUACUGGGUCAAAUUCUAUAAAA